UAUCAUCCUACAUACAAUAAUAAACCAAGAAAGAAACACACCUACUCUACACUGGCUCCAGCAGAGUGUACUUUUCUAUACGCGCUCGUACGUUCGAACCACAUGGGAGAGUGGGAGACGCGAAACCGCUCCUCGCCGUCACCAGGCACCACCACCCCGCUCCACUCCACCCCUCUCCCCACACACUGGCGGAUCAGCUCGACAACUCCUAUAAAUCAGCACCACCAACGCCACGGAAUCUCCCACCUACGCCUCCAACCACCGUCCACCAAGAUACAUAGUACAUUCUCCCGGAAUCAACCGGAGCAGGAGCGGUCGAUCGAGAUGGGGAGUCAAGGCAAUGCAUCCUCCUCGUCGUCGUCGUCGUGCCGCGGCCGGCGGGGCCCGGCAGGGUUCGGGCUGGCGCUGGCCCGGCUGGUGCGGAGGCUGCGGAGGCGGAGCAAGAUGCUGGUGUGCACGGCGGCUCCCACGGGCGCGUCGUCCCGGUGCCUCCAGUACGACCCGCUCAGCUACGCGCGCAACUUCGACCGCGACGGCUUCGGCUCCGCGCUGGACGACGACGUCUCCGGCGCCGCCCACCUCUGCCACCACUACACCUUCGCCUCGCGCUUCGUGCUCUCCUCCUCCGUCGCCCGGCAGACGCAGUAGGACGUCCCGCCGGCCGGCGAGCGAGCUGGUCGCAACUCGCAAGUAGCACUAGCGUAGCGCAGUAGCCAGAGCUGCUCUGUUCUUUGUUUCGUUCUUUGUCCCCCGGCUGCAGCCAGCGGAGCGGAGUAGCUCUAGCUGGUCUGCGUGUUCAUAUGUGGGGUCGAUUUCCAGGCCGGCCUCCUUGUCUCCUAAAAUUUGUGGCCAGUGGAGAGCUGCAGGAAGAUUAGCCAAGUGGAUGAAAUGCUUUCAAGAUAUAAAAGCAAGCAUUUCUUGAA